GGAACGGGACUUGAACGAGGGAGGUUAUCCCGGAUUCCUCUGCUUCCCCGUCUACUUCUGGCCUCGGUUUAAUCCUUGUUGGUGGCCGUCAGCGGACCGCGAUGGUUCGGGGACAGGAGCGAGUGGUGGCGUUGGCGGAUAUGGACUGUUUCUACAUACAGGUGGAGCGACGGCUGGAUCCCCGUCUGCAUGGAAAGCCGUGUGUCGUGGUGCAGUAUAAGACGUGGAAAGGUGGCGGGAUAAUUGCUGUGAGCUAUGAAGCCCGUGCUUUUGGAGUUAAAAGAAACAUGUGGGCUGCUGAUGCCAAGAAGUUGUGCCCAGAUCUCGAAUUGGCUAGAGUGCCCGAGGCCCGUGGCAAAGCAGACCUCACCAGAUAUAGAGAAGCCAGCAUAGAGGUGAUGGAAGUGAUGUCACGUUUUGCUGUGAUUGAACGUGCCAGCAUCGAUGAAGCUUAUCUGGACUUAACACAAGCUGUACAAGAAAGGCUGAAGAAGAUGAAAGGUCAACAUAUUCCAGUAGAGCAGUUGGGAACUACUUAUAUUCAAGGAUUCCCAAAUAACCCUGAAGAAGAAGAAAAUACUGACAACAAAGAGGAGAUAAGACAACGUGGUGUGUGCCAGUGGCUCACGUCACUGCCUUUUGGAGAUCCCAGCAAUCCAGAAUUGCAGCUGACAGUAGGGGCAGUGAUCAUGGAAGAAAUGAGGGCUGCUGUGGAGUCUGUCACUGGAUUUCAAUGUUCUGUUGGAAUUUCUCACAAUAAGGUAUUAGCAAAACUGGCCUGUGGCCUCAACAAACCAAAUCGACAGACUCUGGUAUCACAAGGGGCUGUUCCUCAGCUCUUUAGCAACAUGCCAAUUGGCAACAUUCGCAACCUUGGAGGGAAACUAGGUGCUUCUAUUACUGAAUGUCUUGGAGUGCAAUAUAUGGGAGAGCUGAUCCAGUUCACUGAAUCACAGCUUCAGACACAUUUUGGAGAGAAGACUGGAUCCUGGCUAUAUGAACUGUGCAGAGGAAUUGAUUUUGAGCCUGUGAAAGCUAGACAAUUGCCAAAGUCCAUUGGUUGCAGUAAGAAUUUCCCUGGAAAAACAGCAUUGGUUACUCAGAAACAGGUGCAGUAUUGGCUCUUGCAGUUGGCCUUGGAGCUGGAAGAGAGAUUGAAUAAGGAUAAAGACCAGAACAACCGGCUCGCUAAACAGUUGACUGUUGGGAUCCAUAUGCAGGGUGGUAAACAUACCAAUCUAACGCGCUGCUGUGCCUUGUCCCAGUAUGAUGCUCAAAAAAUUAGCAGAGACGCCUUUGCACUAAUCCAGAACUGUAACACAGCAGCAGGCCAGCAAGCGACAUGGACUCCUCCUGUUACACUUCUUCAGCUCUGUGUAAGCAAGUUUUCUGAGGUCCCUACACUAUCGUCUGUGGACAUUACUUCCUUCCUGACCAAUGAUAGCCAACGUACUCAACACACCAGUACGAUUAAAGAAAGCAUGAGUGCAAAGUUUCUUGAAAGUCCCAAAAAGGAGACCAGUAAGAAGGCAGUUAAUACUAUUGAAACACUCUUUCAAAGGGCAGCAAAAAGAAAACAAGGCCGGGCUAUUGCUGGGUGUUUUGUUCCUGAUGUAAGUGAUAUGAUAGUACCAACAGCUACUCAGACCAAGAGUUCUCACAACAGCAGCCAAGUUUCAGAAGGCUUAAUGGAACCAAGCAACCCAAACAUGAUGGGCGAACAGCAGUUGAUGGAACCUUUGCAAGAGGCCACUUUGACUGGUGAAGGUUGUGUGUCAUCUUCAGAAAUGAAAAUGCUUCCUGAUUCAUUUAAAGAAGAAAACGUGCAGGCUGCUCCUGGACUUUUGCAGGAAGGAGGAGCUAUGAGUUUGGCUGAUCCCUCCUCAAUGGAUGACUGCUUGUUAUGUGAGAAAUGUAACCAAAAAGUGGCAGUCUGGGAGUUCGCUGAACACUUAGAUUACCACUUUGCUGUGGAACUGCAGAAUUCUUUCUUGGGAUCUAACUCCUUCAGAUCAGCUGAAUCUCUUGACAAUCCAGUGAAGGAAAAAAAUAAAUCAAGGGAACAGAAAACCACCAGUGCCAAACGACCAAAGCAAGAUGGAACUAGGACUUUAGAUUUCUUUUUUAAACCAUUGCCACCAUAGUUGCUCACUUGAGUAACUUGUGACUUAGAAAAUGUACUUUCACUAAUAAACUAAUCCUAAUAAAUUGUUCCUUAAAAGACCUAAUCUUUCUGGGAGCUAAUGAAUGAGGAUAAAAAUCUGUAAUCAAAGGUAUGCUAUCUGCAGGGCCUUCUGUUACUUUUUAUUCAAGGGUCUUCAGACUUGGCAAGUUUAAGACGUAGACUUCAACUCUCAGAAUUCCUGAGCUAACAUGACUGGAGGAGUAAUUUUAAGAGUUGAAGUCCACCAGUCUUAAAGCUGUCAAGUUUGAAGUCCCCUGCUUUAUUUGACAAGAUGACAAUGGACAAUGUGACAGUUAGAUUGUGUUCUGCUAAUAGUUCUGUAGUUGUCCUAUGACUAGUUUUAAAACAGAGGAGGAAUUCAUCUACUAUCACUCUAUCAUGUUGAAGAUUUGCUUAUUUCAGAAGUCUUGCAUUCAUGUAGGGGUUCUAAAAGCCCGACUACAGUCAAGAUAACAAUGAGUGAAAAUCAUAAGAAACCUUGAUAUCAGAUAGCACAGAAUUUUGAAUUUGAUUUUAAGACGGGAGAAAAAUCUACACUUCCCACAGAUGGUGGAUUACAACUUCUAGCAUCCUUUCCUAUUGGUUCUGCUAGCUAGAUUGAUAGCAUUGAGGAGCCCACAACCUUUGGAAAACAAUACUUCAGUUCUCAUUCUUGUUUUUUUUUUUUAAUUUCUUAAGAACCUUGCCAUAUAUUUGAAUGCUUCUUUUUCUAAAUUUGUGUAAAAAAAAGUCUGUAAUAUACUUUUCUAUUUUAUUUGUUUGACUCUAGGCAUUUCUCAGUAACAAUAUUGUCUCUUCUGGGAGUAGAAUUCUAUAUUGUUUAGGUCAAGCAUUCUUUUAGUAAAUGAAACUCUUAUGCUAAGUCAACCUUGUGGUUUCAAAAUGCUAA